GCUUUAUUCUCUUCAUACAGGAAGAUGGCCAGGAAGACUCACUCUUUUACAAAGAUCUUCAUCAAUGCUGCUGUUAGAGAGGAUCUCUCCUGGUUUUCAUCUAUUCUUUCAGAUUAUUUGAGCAUUCACUUCAUUUAUUCAACUCUCUGGACUAUUUCAGAAGCUAACAUGAUAAUCUAG